AUAACAAGAGUAAAGUGUCAGCAAUCAUGCCGAAAGAAAAUAAAAGCACGAGCCGAAGAAGCAGACGUCAGUGUCACGAAGUUGAUAAGGACAUUCCAGUACCGGGUGAACGAGGAUCCGUGAAAACCGUGACCAGAGGCAACCGCUACAACCCAUUGUCACGGGAAUCACCGAAAAGCGAUACGAGAUUGGAGAAACAGAUCGCGACAGUGACAUCGACCGAGGUUCUUCAUCCGACGAGCGGUGGUAUCAUCGGUAACGGCAUCAAAUACAUCAUGUUCCCGCUGCAUCUUCUGCGCUUCUGUAUAUUUGGCACAAGCUCGGAGUCCAAGGAGUCUGAGAAAAACAAAGGGGCAGAGGAACCGAGAUCGAGUUACAAGAAAGAGGUAAAGGAUAAAAAAGAAGAGAAACUGAAGGACCAGGAAACGAGACGCACGAAAGAUAAAAAAAGUUCGAACGAUAAAUCAUCCGAAGAAUCUCGAAAAAUUUCCAAGUCUAAUUCUCAUUCGGAAACCAAAAACACGUCGCCUCGUGAGAAGGAUUCGAAAAAAGACAGUAAAAGGGAUAACGAGGAAUCCACGGACGAGCUGGUCACCGCUGCGGAAGAUUCAGAUUCCUCCACGGAUCAAUGGAGCACCGCGAGAACUACGAUGAUCAUGAACAUGUCCAUGGAUAACGAUAACAUCGACAGAUCCAUGUCGUUUGCCGCCUUAGAAGAACCGAUGGAUAUAUCGAUGGAGGAACACAUAUACGAGAAAUCGCAUAUCGGGACGAAAACUUCGCGGGACAAUCGCGCGCUUGGUAAUGUACUUGAUACAACUGAAAGUGCAUCUUCGAGGUCACACGUCGACAAGCAAGAAACCAAUUCAUCGGUGGACGAAGAGAUCGCAAGAAUAUUUCAGAAGCAGUGCACUUCGUCCGACGACGAAAAUCCAUCUUCCUACAGUCAGUCUUUGUUUAGGAAACGUGACAAAACGAAGGAAAGUGAUUCCCUUUAUCACGAGAAACACAACAGCUACACCAGUGCCGUGACCCGAUCGAAGAGGCUGCCGCAAGAAAUCGAACGAGAACGGAAGAAGAAAACUCCCUCGGACGCUGUCGUUCACCAGAAACGAAGAAAAUUGUCGCAAGACGAAGAUACAAAUGAGAAGCAAAGCGAUCGCAAAACUGAAACGAAAUCACGCAUCGAAAAACGUUCUUCGCGACAGGAUACUCCAAGCAAAUCCAGAACCCGAUCAUCGAGGACUCCGGUUAAAGUCAAAGAAUCUAAACGGAGGGACGUCAAGUACAAGGAAACGGCAACGCAAACGGAUAGCGCCUUUUCGGACGAUGACGUCGAAAUGAUUCCGAUCGAUAUGAACUCUACGGAAAAACAAUUUUGCUGCAAGUCGUAUUGUUUUUUCUCUUUUAAGGGCAAAGAAAUGGAGCGUGAAUUAAAUUACACAGCGGACAAUGAGGAUUCGCACGACGGGUUUACGAGGAUCGCACAUAAACAGAUUUCAUCGGGCAGUACCUCAUCCAUAUCCACAGAUCUUGGCUUCGAUGAACGCGUGUUCAUAACUCCUGAGACAGAUAUCGGAAUGGGACGAUUGCACACGAAUACGUACGAUACGAUGAUUGCUUCUCGAAUGUGCAACCGCGCACCGCCAGGUUUUCCCGAAAUACCACAGAAUCCACCAAUAACGUCCUACGCCCGUAUCAAUUGGAAACAGUGCACAGUGACGGCACCUUUGAUAAAUAAUUGUUAUCCAUCGUCCGUAAUAACAGGAGCAAUAGUACCACCAGCUCCAUCGCCUAUGAGACAUCUCUAUUAUGACUAUCCCGAAUUUAUGGACCUUCCUUCAAAUGUGAAUUCUUCGAAAAUAUUAAGUAAUAUUUUAAGAAAUAACUAUUACCGGUGA